CUAAACCCACUGUGACCCUGCAGCCAUCCUGGACUCAGAUAUACAGCGGUGAGACAGUCACUGUCAGAUGUGAGAUUCAGGGAGGUGAAGGAGCUCAGUGGACGUAUGAAUGGAGUCCUGCCAAGUUAAACACACCUCCAACAUCCAAUGAAUACAAAAUCAACAGAGUUACUAAGUCUGACAGUGGAGGAUACAGCUGUCGGGGCAGAAGAAGCUCUUCCUGGACAGAGUGGAGUGAUACUAUCACAUUGAAAGUAACAGCUCCUCCUAAGCCCACUGUGACCCUGCAGUCAUCCUGGACUCAGAUAUACAGAGGUGAGACAGUCACUGUCAGAUGUGAGAUUCAGGGAGGUGAAGGAGCUCAGUGGACGUAUGAAUGGAGACGAGGCCAAGUAAACAUACGUCAGUCAUCCAAUGAAUACAGAAUCAGCAGAGCUGCUGAGUCUGACAGUGGAGGAUACAGCUGCCGGGGCACAAGGACCUAUUUGUUAACAGAGUGGAGUGAUACCAUCACACUGACUGUAUCAUCGAAACCAAAGGCUGAACUGAGAGCUGAUAGGACAGCUGUUCCAGUAGGGGGCAGUGUGACACUGAACUGCUCUGUGAGCCCAUCAUCAUCAUCAUCAUCAUCAUCUGGAUGGAAAUACUACUGGUACAGAUAUGACAGCUAUUAUAAACUUGUGACCUCACCGGAUGCAGUGUUUCUAUCAAAUGAACAAAUCAGUGUCUCAGAGGGAGGAUACUAUGAGUGCAUAGGAGGAAGAGGAGAACCAGUUUACUACACAGAGUACAGUGAGGCAGUCAGGAUUGACACAACUGUCUCAAACAGGCCUGUUGUGACUCUGUAUCCAAACUGGUCUGAGAUAUACAGAGGAGAGACGAUCACUGUCAGAUGUGAGAUCCAUGGAGGAGACACUGAGUGGGAUUAUGAGUGGGAAACAAACAGCACCAUAAAACCUGCAAAUCAAAAUGAAUACAGGAUUAGAUCUGCUUCCUCAUCCAACAGUGGAAACUAUCGCUGUAAGGGCAGAAUGAAAAGUUCAUGGCAUAAAACAACAGAGUGGAGUGAUUCAGUCACACUGACAGUUUCUGACAAUAAACCCCGUCCUGUCCUCACUGUGUCUCCAUCAUGGCUGAGUCCUGGAGCCUCAGUAACUCUGAACUGUCAGGUUGAACAUCCGUCUGCAGGAUGGAGCUUCUACUGGUAUAAAGCUGUUCCUGAUCUAUCAGAGAAAUCCUCCAGUUAUGAGCUGCUACCUGAUGGCAGUGGGACUGCACAGGACUCCUACAUCAUUCAUGGACAGACACACACAGCAGGAUAUGUGUGCAGAGCUGGAAGAGGAGACCCAGAGUAUCACACUGAUCACAGUCAACCAAAGUUUGUCUGGUCUGCAGAUGUUCAUUCAGCAGCGUCUCUCACAGUGAGUCCUGACAGAGUGCAACACUUCACCUCUGACUCUGUCUCACUGACCUGUGAGGGAAACUUCACUGAGUGGAGAGUGAGGAAGUUCUCUGAGGACGGCCGACUCUCUGACUGUAGGAGAAUGACUGGAUCCACAUGUAACAUCAACACAUCAGAGUCAGAUACUGGAGUGUACUGGUGUGAGUCUGGAUCAGGAGAGUUCAGCAGUGCAGUCAACAUCACUGUACAGAAUGAUGGUAAUGGUCCUAUCCUGGUGAGUCCUGUUCAUCCUGUGACUGAGGGAGCUUCUGUUAGUCUGAGCUGCAGUUUGAGAACACAAAAAAUACUUUCCAAUGUGUUUUUCUAUCACAAUGACAAACUUAUUCAAAAUGAUACCCGAGGGGAGCUGAACAUCUCUGCAGUGUCAAAGUCUGAUGAAGGUUUCUACAAGUGUCAGUACUCAGGAAGAGAGUCAGCACAGAGCUGGAUGUCAGUUAAAGUCAUUUCAGCAGCUGUGUCAGGAGCUGACAGCUCUUCAUCUCCUGUGUGGUUGAUGGUUGGACUGGUUUGUGGAGUCUCUCUCAUUAUUAUUCUCCUGCUCUUGUUGUAUCGCUGCAGACAGUCCAAGUAUUCCUGCUUCACCAGGUCGAUCCAGUCUGAGAGUCACAGUCCGGGCUCCUCCACAAAUCAUGGAGUCAACCAGGAUGAAACUCAUGUGUACGGCUCUCUUCAACAUGGUACUGCUGACAUCUAUGAAUCAGUUACACAAGUGAAGAACAGAAAUGGUUCAGAUGAAUAUGAAAAUGUUGCCUCCUCUCUUAUUGACUUUAAAGAUCUUAGAAGAAAGAGGGAACACGACACACCAGAGGAGAGUGCUGUUUACUACAAUGAAGUUGGGACCCACAGGUGCAGAGGUGUGUCUGAGGGCUGCACCUCCUAAACAAAGCCUAUAAGGAAGCCACAGAUGGGACAGGCACGAGGUGCAGUCAGUGACCCCAUUAAACUGAUGUUUUACUGUCCUUAUUUUCCUCAAGUUAUUGGUUCUGUUAUUAGUUACCUAACACAACCUAAUGUGAGUCUUUUGACUGAAACUAACCGACUGACCUGGUGAUGUCAUGCUCUGUACUGACAGGAUAUGGCGAUACCUGUGUUUUUAUACCUUUAAGCAGUUAUUUCUUAAAUCCAGCUUCACAGUCAGAGUUACAUCUGUGUCAGUUUUUGAGAGCUGGGCUCCAUGAUGUAAAUUAGCCUUUAUACAUGCAGUGCUUCAUAUCCACUUUAAUGCUGAACACCUUAUGUGGCAUUUUCACACAACAAUACUUCUGCUCAGUAUUGAUUUUUCUUUUGCAUGUUUGCCAUCCUCCAUCUUCCACUUUUACUGAUUUGGUUCAUGUAAACAUUUCUGAUGGUUUCAUGUUCAUCAAAAUAUUUUAAUCUGCAGUUUCAAGUCUUAGAGAUUACAUCACUUUACAUUCACAGACUUGAAGUUGAAGUUGUUGCUGUUCUAGGGAGACGUUUCUCUUUUGUUCUGGUAUCAAAUUGCUUCGUGUUUGCUGAGUUUUAAGCUCUUUCUGUUCAGCUGUCAAACUGUUGCUCAUGUUUCCAGAGCAGCUUUUCUUCUGCUCAGAUUAAAAAUUUACAGUCAUUUCUGUUUUGUUGAUUUGCCAAAUUGUUGCUCAGUUGUUGAGAAUCACUUGUUUUCUGUUCUGUUGCCAAACUGUCUGUCAGUUUCAUAUAGACAUUAAUUUGCUCUUGUUCAGUUGCCAAGUUGCUGCUCAGUUGCUUUGAGUCAAAGUUCAUCUCAGUUGACAGGUUGCAUUGUAGUUUAAAAAAAAAAAACUCCUCCGUUGAGUUUCCAAACUUUCUUUCAGAAUAAUUUAUUCUCAGUUUUCUGCUCAGACAUCUGAUUUUCUCCUCUUCUUUUCAGAUUCAAUCAUCUUCUGCUCAGUUGUCUAAAGUCAAGACUGUGUCAGGGUUCCUGGGUGGUUCACCCGGUGUUUUCAGUUCAUGUUCAGUUUAUGUUCCACAUUCAUGUUUCCCGCUUCACCGUGCCAGCCCUCUGUCCCAGAGGCAGUAGGCAGCGCUCUUUCGCUGGACGGAGGUGCUUUUUUACUCUCUUGGAGCACUCAAAGCACUAAUGGGCUUCAUGUGCACAUUAGUGCUCAACAAAUUGUUUACAAAUCCAAAGAGGAGAAAGUAGAAAGAACAUGUGACAAAAUGAACACGGCUACUUACAAACACAGCGACUGUCCUCAGACAGCACACACAAUUGUCAAGUAAUUCAGUUCAAUUCAGUUUAAUUGUCUGUUGCUGUAAUUUGGUGCUUUAUAAAUAAAAGUUGUCAAUUUUUAUUAUAAGGUGUCAAAUCAUAACCACAGUUGCCUCCAUGGGCUUUAUAUUGUAAGGACUGUACAAUAAUACAGAGAAACACUCCAAAUCAGACGACUAUGAGUGAGCAGUUGGUGACAGUGAGAAUGAAAAACUCCUUUUUAACAGGAAGAAACUUUUAACAGAACCAGGCUCAGAAAGGGGCGUUCAUCUGCCACCUGCUGGGGUGACACACUGUGGAAAAGAGCCAGAAAUUAAUAAUAACUGAGCAGCUCUUGGAAUUCUUUAAAUCACACAGAUUUGACCUCACAGAUCAUUCGGUUGCUUGUGAAGACGAUGGCGUACUCUAAGUGUGAUUCUGGGUCAGGAGUCUGCUGUGGCACACAGACCCUCUGAAGCAGGGUGGGCAAUUCAUUUUCCUGAGGGGCCACAUGGGAAACUGGGCCUGUUGUGGAGGGCCACAUCAAUAAACUGAACUCAAUCCUGCUCAGUACUAAUUUGAUCUCUGUAUAAACUGGUACUGGUAAGAGUGGAUGUUACAAUUAGGCAAUGAAAAUGUGAAACAGACAGAGUAAAAAA